GGAAACUAAUAUGAGGUUCAGGUUCUAACUCUAUCCUUAUUAUUCCACAAUAUAUGUUUUUCAGUUCAGCAUUGAACUUUCUUACUUGGAAAGAGAAAAAAAGUUUCAAAGCAUGAAAAAUUAUUCUUCUCUCUCCUUCACUCCAUGUCCUGAGGAAAAUGUGCAAGGAAUCUACAAAUAUAAAAGAUGACCUUGAGCCUAUACUAUCAUUCACUCAAUCUGUUAACUUCAUCAUCAACUUUAAGAUAGAGAAAUUUUAGUGAGCUGGAAAUCUGUCUCUGCCAUGGUGGAUCGUGGUCAAGAGAAAACCGUACCUGAUGGUUGCGACAUGUCUCUGAAGAAGAAGGAGCUUCUUUCUAGUGCCAUGAAGAGAACAAGCGAAUGGAUUUUUUCUCAGGAGAUUCCAAGUGAUGUCAAAGUUCAAGUUGGAGAAGCUUCCUUUUCGUUACACAAGUUUCCAUUAGUCUCCAAGUGUGGAUACGUUAGGAAACUGGUAUCAGAAUCUAAUGAUGCUGACGUUUCAGUCAUUGAACUCUCUGAUGUUCCUGGUGGAGCAGAAGCAUUUGAACUGGCAGCAAAGUUCUGCUACGGGAUAAAUUUUGAAAUAGACAUUGAAAACAUUGCUAUGCUGCGGUGUGUGGCUGAGUAUCUUGAGAUGACAGAGGAGUAUUCAGUUGGAAACUUGGUGGGAAGGACUGAUGCAUACUUGAAUGAAGUGGCAUUAAAGACCAUUGCAGGGGCUGUGUCUAUUUUACACAUGUCAGAGAACCUCCUUCCCAUAGCAGAGAGAGCAAAAUUGGUGAGCCGAUGCAUAGAUGCAAUUGCAUAUAUAGCUUGCAAGGAAAGCCAAUUUUGUGCAUCUGUAAGAAGUGACAGUGGCUCUGAUGGAGUGGCAUCUUCCAUUGCAUCAAACCAGAGGCCAGUAGUUGACUGGUGGGCUGAAGAUCUUACUGUACUUAGAAUUGACAUUUUCCAGAGAGUUAUAAUAGCAAUGAUGGCAAGAGGGUUUAAACAGUAUGCUAUUGGUCCCAUUUUAAUGCUCUAUGCACAGAAAUCUCUACGAGGUUUGGAUAUAUUUGGAAAGGGAAGGAAGAAGAUUGAGCCACGACAAGAGCAUGAAAAGAGGGUUGUUUUAGAGACAAUAGUGAGCCUUUUGCCAAGGGAGAGGAAUGCAAUGUCAGUAAGCUUUCUUUCUAUGCUGCUUCGGGCAGCAAUAUAUCUUGAGACAACAGUUGCUUGCAGGCUUGAUUUGGAGAAGAGAAUGGCCAUGCAAUUAGGACAGGCUGUUUUAGAUGAUCUUCUCAUUCCUUCCUAUUCUUUGACUGGGGACACAUUGUUUGAUGUGGAUACAGUGCAGAGGAUCAUGACUAAUUACCUAGAAUCGAAAAUGGGAACCCACUUUGUCUACAGUACGGAUGAUGAAUACUUUUCUCCUCCACAAACUGACACAGAGCGAGUUGGAAAGCUAAUGGAAAACUACCUUGCUGAAAUAGCCACCGACCGAAAUUUACGAGUACCAAAGUUCAUUUGUCUGGCAGAAUUAAUUCCAGAACAAUCAAGGCCAACAGAAGAUGGAAUGUAUAGAGCCGUAGACAUCUAUCUGAAGGCUCAUCAUGCUCUUAGUGACAUGGAGAGAAAGAAAGUUUGCAGUGUGAUGGACUGUCAGAAGUUAUCACGAGAGGCGUGUGCACAUGCUGCUCAAAAUGAUCGACUACCUGUCCAAACUGUGGUUCAAGUUCUCUACUAUGAACAGCAAAGACUUCGUGAUGCCAUGAAUGGCAGUGCAAGUGGGGAAUCUCCUUCAGCUAAUUCCAAGCUGAAUGUAUACUCCGCUGAUCUUCAAUUUCAUCCAGUUUCAAACGAGCUCUCGAGCUUACGAAGAGAAAAUGAAGACCUGAAAUUAGAGCUAGUGAAGUUGAAAAUGAAACUAAAAGAGAUUGAGAAUUGCACACUUAAAUCAGCAGUUAAUAGUCCUGUGGUAAAUGCUUCGCCUUCUGCCAAUAAGCCUCCUUUGCCCCGAAGAUCAUUCAUAAGCUCAGUGUCCAAAAAACUUGGGCGGCUUUCUCCUUUUAUGCGUGCUGACGGUGCCACACCUUUUGCCAUAGGUCGAUCAAAACCAAAUAAGAAUCGACGCCACUCCAUUUCCUGAGGCCAUUGAUAGUUCCUGGUUCCCACUGGAUAUUGUGCAGACUAAAGGUUCUUCCUUAGUUUCGUGGGCUUGAAAAUACAGGGUUAGUCUUUCCAAGUUUUUGCUUUAUCUGUGUGAUACCAAGUAGAUUGUAUGAUUCUGAUCUUUCAGUGUGAACUAUAUUGUAAAGGAUGGUGAAAACCGAAAAAUAAAAUAUAAUUCUUGAGUUGGAUCGCAGUCCAGCUGGUGAGUUACAAUAAUAAUGGUGUAAACAAGAAUAAUAAACUAAAUUUAACAUUGGUAGU